UCAGUACGAAUAAAAACCUUCCUGCGAAACGUUCCAAACGAACCAAAACCUUGAACAGUUUUCCAAGUACGAAAUGGAAAGUUUCCUGAAUUGAUUCGAGUGGCGACUAAAUCGAUCGACAAAAUGAAAUAUUUCAAGCAGAGCUUCUUCUUCUUAUUCGUUCUGUAUGAUCUCGUGGCUGGUUCACUAACCGAGGAGAUAACGUUGAACGUCAACUUGAAAGAACCCAUCGCUGUAACCGAUGAGAAGUUCCUCAGUCUUACCAUUGAUCCAGUAACCCUAUUAGCCGGGAAUGCGCUAAGCACGGAUUUCGAAAGAAGCAUAAACAUGGCUAGAGCCUUAGGUCCUGCAUAUUUACGAUUUGCCGGACCAAAUUCUCUUCCCUACUUCGGCGAUAAGAAUUCUCAAGACAAAGAGGAUAACAGAAAAACAAUACUAUCUGAGUCAGAUUGGGUUGUAGUCCAUCAGUGGGCAGGAAAGGCAGGAUUGGAUGUGAUCGACUGCAUUUCGCCAGACAAUCGACAAAAGGAAUCGGAGGAAUCCGAAAAUGCGGAAGAAAUAAUUUCUUUUAGCGACCAUAUGCAUUUUAACGCGAGCUGGCAACUAGGAUAUGAAUGUCAAAUUAGAUGCGAUCUAUCAGCUGAUGAUUUAGGGAGACAGACGAUGGCUUUGCGAAAAGUACUCAACAAAUUUCCUAGAUAUUCCAACAGUAUCGUUGCUGGCCCCGAUGUCGUGGCUUAUAAUACCGAUAAACAACGAAAAUAUCUUCGAGAUUACUUCAGCGUCGCCGCGCCUGCACUUUCGGUGAUCACCUGGCAUCCCGUGUUUGCCUGCAUCAUUUUGGGAAAUGGAGGAGCUUUCAUAAAUCAGGAUAAUUUAGAGCAGGAUAAAGAAGAGAUGUUCAGAGUUAUAGGUCAUUUCAUACAGAAUAAACCAUUAUGGAUUGCUGAGUCCAAUCCAGAAGAAUGCAAAAAUUUAUUCAUCGGAGCGCUCGUUCUGACAAGAAGGCUAGGAAACGCGGCAAAGAUAAAUAUAAAGGUGAUGAUGAGGAAACCAACAAACCUGACACGACCGACGCCAGAUUACUGGGUGUCAUUGCUUCACAAAACUCUCGUUGGACGAGAAGUAUUCGAUGCAAAGAUUCAAACCAGCAACGAGAAUCACAUCUACCUGUAUUGCCAAUGCGCGAAAGCUUCGAAUAAAUACGAGAAAGGAUCUAUCGUGAUCUUUGGUGUGAAUUUAAGUCCUGAAGAUGCCACGAUUAAUUUCCAAACAGCCAAACUUACCAUUGUUCACGAAUACGUUCUUUCGCCGGGUUUCGAUGCUGCUAACAGAAUGUUUGCCAAAACUAUUUUCUUAAACAAUAAAUUGCUGACUUUAACCAACGAUACUGUUCCUGAGAUAUAUCCAAAGGUUUUGAACGAUACAAAAGGUGUGCAUCUUCAGCUGCAGUCGGGCGGUAUUGGUUUUUGGGUUGUUCCUGAUCUAAAGGUAAAAUCUUGCAUGGAGAGCGAUGUAGCACAAAAGAAGGAAACUCUUAUAGAAACAGAAAUUCUACAAAACCUGGGAAGUGCGGAGGAUGUAAGAAUACAUGUGACCAGAUCUGUGAAAGAUCAAGCAACCAAAAAAAACGAAAAACGGAGACAGAGAAGUAACAUCGCUAUAUGUAAGUCGAAUAUAAGAAGGGAACUCAAAAGACUAAGGAGAUUCGUGAAAAAGAAAUUAGACGAUUACGAGAGUAGAUCGCUACUGAAUAUCAGAGGAUUAUCUAACGAGGAAACUAGCGAAAUCUCGAAGCAACCUGAAGAAAGCGUACAAGAUGGAUUACAAGAAUUCAAGGAACGUCUGUUGCGUUUCAAAAACCUAAUGGAUUCGAGCGAUACGAGGAUUGAACUGAAAAAACCGAUAAGCGAUCUUAUCACAGACUCGAUUUCUCUGAUGUUGAAAAUACAGGAUACUCUAAAAACUAUGAAGAGUAAAACCGAAAGUAAUGAAAACCGAGUAAAAUCAUCUCGCAGCGUAAAAGAGUCUCUGAAUACUUUGUACGAUCGUUUGACUCGCACUAACUUGGACGAGUCGAUCUAUCCUCAAGAGAACAAGAUAGAUCAAAGAUCUAAAAGGACUAAGAGGGAUCUACUCGCCGAGAUUAGGGAAUCUGUGGACAGUUUUUUACGAAAAGGACCCAGAGACGACGACGUCAAAGAACGUAAAUGUGAUUCAAAGAUUGGAUGGUUGAAGAAUAUUGAAAAAAAAACGCGACCGAGUCUCGUGCAAUUUGAAAGCGACGACAGUGGAGAGAGCACUUCACGCAGGAUUUUUGAUACAAAUCCGGUGGAAGAUUUUUCAAACGACGAUGUAUUUUUUGAAGAUUCCUCUCUAAACAGAGACUAUGAUUACGUCCUUGCUGGAAACUCUCCUUUGAAUAAAGAUUGCUCGAGGAACGAUGAACAGAGAAAUCGAAAGAUCGAAGGAAAUUCUCGGAAGAAAACGGAAGAUUACCUGAACGAUCAUCUAUGGACUGAAGUUGAUGACACUGAUGAUUAUCCUUUUUACGAUCCCAUAGAUUUCAUCGACGACUCAAGGCCCUGGAAAGAUCCAAUGGAAGUAGCUUUGGGAGACUCUAUCAAACUGUCGGAAGAGCAAAUAUAUGAAUCUUUGAAAAAUAAUGAGUUUGACGAUGAGAACGAAUCUAGAAUCAUAGGAAUUGAAUCAAACAAAAAUCACGAAGCUCAGGAUGACUAUUACGAAUCCAAUAAUUUUCCAAGGAACCAUAGACUCGUAUAUGGCCCUUUGAUCGAUCCUGAUGCAUUUAUUAUGAAAACCUAUGGGUUUAGAAAAAAUGACAGAGCUGGUAAUGAGAAGGAAUUUAGGGUCGUAGGAAGCCAAUCAAACAGAGUUCAGAGAGUACAAGGCGAUAAAAGUAGAUUAAAAGGAAUGGAUGAUUACUAUGAAUAUACUGAUUUUCCUAAAAACCAUAGACCCACAUAUGGCCCUUUAAUCGUACCAGACGCAACCAUUCUUCGAUAUACCUUGACUAGACAGCCAUCCAAUAAAAGGAACAAUUACGCAAAUGAAAAAGCUUCUUCUAAUUACUACUUAAGGUCUAUUCUGAAAGGAUUCGAUUUCCCGAUCGAAGCUGAUUAUCCUAGAAAUAAAAAACUUAAAAGAGAAAGCAAAGAUUUGGAUGCUGUACUUGAUCAAGAAAUGAUUAACGAAGACGACGCAAACUCGAAAAAUUGCAACUGCAGAGUCAUCAGACACUCAAAAGGUCGAUCGAAGAGAGAAGCUAUCGAGUCAAUGGAAUCUGAAAUAGAACAAAUCCCAAAGGAGGCGAACAUGGGUUUUACAAAAGACAUAGUUAAAUCAGGUAUACGCAAGGAUGCAGACGUAGAGGUGUUCUCAGAACUCAGAGAGGAGCUUUUAGAGAAAAUAAAUUCGCAAGCUGAAUCUUCGAACCCGAAGAUUGGUCGAGAUACAAAGACACUGUUACAAAUUGAAGCUAGCACAGAGGAUUUGAAUGCAAAUACAGCUUCAUCGAUCCUACACGAUGAUUCGGACAAAGAAGAAUUUUUAGAAUUCAAAGCCUCGCCUAUAGAAAAUGCAGAACCGUCAAAUGAAUCUGGGAGUAAGAAAAUCAUACGAGAUAGAGAAGAGGCGUCAUCGGAAAUUGAGAAAGAGGAAAAUAUUGGGGCGAAGUUUGAGCCAAAUAUUCCCUCUCUGCAAAACAAAUCUGAUCUUAAAUUUUAUUCUCAAAUCCUACCUACUGAUCAAUCGACGAUUUUAGACUCAAAAGAAGAGACGAGCUCAGCUGGAUCUUUGGAAACAUUGAAACACGACGAGAAAGUGUUUUUUCAUGGGCAAUUCGAUAAGAAGAAUAAAGAGGACACAUCGACUUAUACUGCAAGGUAUACUGCGGUUGAUCAAAGAUAUUCUACGCCCGAUCAAGGAUAUUCUACGCCCUUCGUCGUUGAAGAGUUUGCAAAGGAAAAGGGAGAAACUGAGGAGGCUGAAGAAGCUGAAACUCGGAAGGUAGGGAGUUUAAGCACGACAGUCAAGACGGCCACUUUAUCAGAGGAAACUAUCGAGGAAGAAUCUGAAAACAAUUACGAUAACGGUAACGCUGUCGGAGCAAGCUCGAAACGAGAGGUUAAACUGGAGCAAGUUCCCCAUGAAAAAGUGAGGCUCGCAAACCGGCCUCGCUCACCUAAACAAAGUAAGAAGCAGACGAAAUUAAAUGUUUCUAAGCCUCAAGAAUCUAAACUAUGGAAGAGAAUAAGAACACUGAAGGCGAUAAGGGAUCUAUUUCGUAAAUUGAAAGAGUCGGGCACUAUGUCUGCCCCAAGGGUGAGAUCGCCCAAGUAUGAGGAACAACGAAAAAAUCGAACGGAACGGCUUAAACAAUUACGGAAGAAAUUAAGUAACAAAGGACAAGUGACGUUAAAUAAAUACGAAAAAAGUGACAACGAUAUGGUAGAGAAGGAAAAGGGCGAGCAGAAGAGAAGUCUGAAAAGAAGAGAGAUUUGGGAGACGGUCAGAACCAGCGAAGAUUUUGCAGAUAUGAUCGACCGCGAGAGAUUAGCGUAUAUAUUAAUGUAUCCACCAAUGAAGCACGAUUUGAAGAGAGAAGCCAGUACGAGCGACGAGGUAGAAACGAUAGAAGUACCAGUAACUGAGAUCAUCAGAGCGAAAAAUGUCAGACAAAGAGUUUUUACUCCUGAUAAUCGAAGAAACUUUCGUGACACUACAAUUAUAGAACAUCCUAAUCCUGAUAAAUUAAAAGAGAAGAUUAUACAAUUGACUAAUUUAUAUCAGAGUAAAAUAUCAAGAGGAGGAAGAUCUGAUGAAAAUAAGGGGAAUGAUAAGGUUUAUUUUGCUCUAGUGGAAGACGUAGAAAGACCACGAAUAUUUUAUUACGAGGAAGAUCCAGAAAAUGAAGGGAAGAGGAAUAUGCGGGCACUGUCGUCGCGUCCCUUCUACAAUAGCAAGUACAGGCACAAUCGACUGCUACAGAAGCCUUACCGGGAAAGUCUUAAAGCCGCUCAAUAUACUAAGGAAGAAUCAGAUGAGUUCCCCGGGGGCAAAGAAAUAUACAUAAUCGAUCCCUCCGAGUACAAAGGAGGGCAUCCUUCGUUGCAAUUGUACAGUCCAUCGACAUCGAGAACCAAUUCACGGGGAAAGAUCGCUCCGAAAAAUAAGUACGAAGUCAAUUGGGAUUCUAUCUCGAGCUCCGAGCCUUACAGAAUUCUUCAAACAACUGACAAACGUGAAAGAAGAAUGCCAAGUGAAAAUUCUCAAGAACCGUCGAGGAGCGCUGAAAAACUUUUACAAAUUUUAAUCGAAAACCUCGACUCUGAAACUACUGAUAAACUUUUUAAGAAAUUAACAGGACGCAGUGUAGCGGACAAUAAAGGCGAACAUUUCACCAAUUCGAUUUCAAAAUCGAAAAAGAAAACCGGAAGGAGACAAUCGGAGGAAGAUAAGGAGCUCGAGAUCAUUUUUGGAAGUAAGGAGAAUUCUAAGGAAAGUGAGUCUUUGGAUGAUGAUACGCAAGGCAUCAAGAGACAAAGGAAAAACUAUCGAAAUGUUUCGCAAGAAAGUGUAGAAGAGGAUGAGGAGUCCGAAAAAAUUUCUGAAAGUAGAGAGAAUUCUAAGGAAAAUGUGUCUUUGGAUUAUGAUACACAAGGAAGCAGGAGACAGAGGGAAAACUAUCGAGAUGCUUCGGAAGAAAAUGUGGAAGAAGAUGAGAAGUUCGACAACAUUUCUGAAAGUAGAGAGAAUUCUAAGGAAAAUGUGUCUUUGGAUGAUGAUAUACAAAACAGCAGGAGACAGAGGGAAAACUAUCGAGAUGCUUCGGAAGAAAAUGUGGAAGAAGAUGAGAAGUUUGACAACAUUUCUGAAAGUAGAGAGAAUUCUAAGGAAAAUGUGUCUUUGGAUGAUGAUACACAAAACAGCAGGAGACAGAGGGAAAACUAUCGAGAUGCUUCGGAAGAAAAUGUGGAAGAAGAUGAGAAGUUCGACAACAUUUCUGAAAGUAGAGAGAAUUCUAAGAAAAAUGUGUCUUUGAAUGAUGAUAUACAAGGAAGCAGGAGACAGAGGGAAAACUAUCGAGAUGCUUCGGAAGAAAAUGUGGAAGAAGAUGAGAAGUUCGACAACAUUUCUGAAAGUAGAGAGAAUUCUAAGAAAAAUGUGUCUUUGGAUGAUGAUAUACAAGGAAGCAGGAGACAGAGGGAAAACUAUCGAGAUGUUUCGGAAGAAAAUGUCGAUGAGGAUAAAGUAGAUAAAGAAUUCGAAAAAGUUUCCGAAAGUAGAGAGAAUUCUAACCAAAGUAUAUCUUUGGAUGAUGAUACACAAGGCAACAGGAGACAGAGGGGAAAUUAUCGAGAUGUUUCGAAGGAAAAACUGUCGGAAGAAAAUUUGGAUGAAGAUAAAGAAGAUGAGGAAUUCGAGAACAUUUCUGUAACCAGAGAGAAUUCUAAGGGAAAUGUAUCUUUGGAUGAUGAUACACAGAGCAGCAGGGGACAGAGGGAAAACUAUCGAGAUGUUUCGGAGGAAGAAAUACAAACUGAAAGAGCGGAUGUUUCCGAAACGCUGAUUCCUGGAGAAAAUGCCACAAAUGCUAAUAUUUCUAAAAGAGAUUCAGAAGAAGAAGCAACGCACAUGCGAAUGCGGAGAAAUGCGAAUACUAGAUCAAAAGAAGAAUAUUUGAAGUCUGUGCCUUCGAUUUUAAUGCGUAAAAUAUCGAAAGUAAGCCAGAAGACUGAAUUGGAUAACUAUUUACAUGUAAAACAGAGUUCAGGAAAGAUCUCUGGUGAAAAUCCAUCUAAACUGAGAAUUGAAAAAGCAAAAGAACGUUUCAACGUAGUUCCUGAUAAAGAAUUCUACGGUAAAUCGGUAGCAAAUAUAAAAAAACAGAUUUAUUUAACGAAAACAAGAAAUAACGAUGAAUUUAAAAAAUAUCAAUAUUUUCCUAAAAAUCUGAAAAUUACAAAUACUUUACCAUCGAGGUCACGUAAUACCUUUACUAAGAAAAACUCCGUCGAUCCAUAUAGAAAACUAUUUGAAGACUACCAAAAUGAAUCAGAUUUCAUAGAAAAAGGAUCAGAAAUGAGAAAAAGCAAAAAACGUUCAGACGGUGCUUCGUAUAAGGAGGAAAAUGUAUCCAAGGUGCAAGAACUUGGUAAUGAAAAGAAAAAUGAAAGGAAUAAGAAAGGUAACAAGGAGAUGGAUUUAAAAGAGGAAUCACUUUCUAAUAAACGUGAAGUAUUAAUGGUGCUGCCGUGGGUAAAAAGAUCCAGCAGACCGCGAAGAGAAACGAUAGAUCAAGAGAAGAUCGGCAAGAAUAAUAAAGCGGAUAAGGUACAACCAUUUGUAUUGCAACAUCUAGACGGAUCUUACAACCCAAAGAACCCGAUAUCCAGUCAGAUCGAUGACGUCGAAAAAUCGUUGAUUCAGAAAAUACCACUUGAAAAAUUUACAGCGAAAGGGAAUAUUAACAGGAGGAAAAAUAUAAAGAGAAAUAAAAAAGACGAUGAUGGAUUGUCAUCGCUUCUACAGAAAAGCAUACCAAAGUUAGGGAACGUUGUGGUCAAUGGGUUAAAUAAAGCAGAGAAUUUUACUGGAUCGGUGGAACAGUUAAUUAUGAAUCUGGAUGAGAAGUAUAACAAGACUCUGAAAGAGGAACCACAAGGCAAUUCUACAAUGUCAGUUGACCCUGGUCAGAGUAUUUUUCACAAUGCGAUAGUGAACGUGAAGAAGUUUUUUAUAUUACUUAAUGGUAUCACUAAUAUUCUUCGAGAUAUCCAUAAUCCAUAAUAAUAUAUUUUCCAUUAUUAAACGCUACAUAAUUUAUAAGAUAUAUAUUCUGAUUUUCUAUCUAUACUAUUUUUGUAACUGAAUUU